CUUCUUCUCACUAUUUUUAUUAUUUUUUAUUAUUACUCUAUUAUAAAUAGUGUUAAAUAAUCGAUAAAUAAAUUAUUAAUCAAUAAUUGAUAAUAAUGAUAAUAAAUUUAUUCAUUUUUUAUAAAAUAAUUCAAGUGAUUUGUGUCUGACAUUUGUGGUGACAUUUAAUAUUUGAAUUGUGGAUUUAAAUAAUAAUUUAUUUAAAAAGAGAAUAUUAAAUUAUUUGUCGCGUUUCAGUGAUGAGUAUUUUCUGAGUAUGAUGACAGAGUGUGCCUUAUCACUGUACUUGAGCUGGUAAAACUGAGUCAACUUGGAUUAUAUCGUGAACAGUACAGGUUUAUCUGCCGCUUGGAACUCGCCGCUAUUUAUUAUUAUUAUUGUUAUACCUUGAAAAAAUAUAUAUAUAUAUAUUUUUUAGCUGUGCGGAUACUGUAGGUGGUGUUGAGACGGUACCAUUGUGCGGCACACGUGUGCUGAUAAGAGUUUUGUGAUUAGAAACUUGAACUCGAGAAUUUUAUAAAAAAUAUAUAUACAGAUGUAUAUAUAAAUGUUGUUUUUAUUUUUUACUUAAUGUGGGAUUUUAGUUGGUAGUUGGGUGAGUGAGUGGUUAUUUGGUUAUCGCAUGAGGGUGAUUUGCUAAUUGACAAACUGGACAUAUUGACUACUGCUAGACGACCGACGGAGUGGAGAUGUCCGAGGGUCGUUGAAAGAAUGAGGGAAUUGGACACCGAAAGUCCUGUCGUUUGGCCGGCUUGGUGUUAUACUGGUGAAGUAUCGAGUGAUACCGUGUCAACGGGAACGGUACCACGAGGUGGAGAACGUGUGGAAGCUGCUGAUUUAGGCCGUCAUACGGAUAAAUUUGACGAGAGCACCCUGGCCGCUAACACAGCGAUCGACGCGAGGGGCGGCAGCCCCCAGGGUGCCCAUUUGUCGGGAGCUGUUACUCCUAGACCACCCCGUGGACGCAGGAGACAGAAUCAAAACGGCCUUGAUACUACGCAGGUUAAAACGGAGCGUUUAACGCCUGACAAUAAUUCGACGUCAUCGCGAAGUGUGACGCCAUCAUCAUCAAGUCAUCCAGGCACGCCACCCAAUGCCGCAGCAUUGGGAGGACCAGAAGGUCCACCAGCGCCUCAUCAUCUCAAACACAUGGAACAGAUGAUGGGUCGUAAUUACAGUGACUUUAUGAGAAGUCUUGCUGCUAAGUACAAUAACGCUAAUCCUAACGAUUACUUUAGUUCCCCUCGUAACGGUUAUCCACCAGGAUUCGACCCAAGAUUUCCAGGUUUUAAAACAACAGCAACACCAUUCGUAGGUCUUAUGGCCCCACUCGGUACCCAUCCCCAACCACAAACAGUACCAGCGGCAUCGCCACUUACAGGCAAAGAACCAAAAGAACAAAAACAGGAUACACUUUUUGGUAACCCAGUUUUUCCACCAAUGCUUGAUAUGUCAUCAACCCAAGCACUUCUACACAUGGUACGAACAGCAAAUGCUGCUCAAAAUGCCGCUGAAUUAGAAACUUACCUUAAAGGUGCGAACAAACGGGACGUAGGAGUGACGAGUCCAUUGGAUUUGUCAAGCCCCGGGGGAUUUGCACCGAGAAAGCGACCGCGGAUCGAAACAAAGAGGUCGGGAAGCGUGUCGCCAAAACCAAAAGCUGCGACAGCGGCGACACCGCGGUCGAGUACACCGCCACCAGUACGAUGUCCUUCACUGUGUGGACACAUGCCCUGCGGCGAUGGCCAAGCUGUCAAUCGCUGGAGCAUUGAAGAUGUCGUUAACUACGUCUCUUCAAUUGACAUUUGCGCCGAGUAUGCACAGAACUUCCAAGAGCACCGUAUAGAUGGCGCAUCGUUGCCGCUUCUCUCGGAGGAACAUUUGACUGGGCCGAUAGCUAUGAAGCUGGGACCGGCAUUAAAAUUACGCGCCAUGUUGGCACGUAAAUUGGGCGCCUGUACAGUAUGUCUUCAUUGUGCCCAUUGUCAUCAAACGCCACUGCCAGUUUUAAAUGCAACAGCAAAUGCUACUGCAAAUAUAAAUGCAAGUGGAAAUCCUGUAAAUAUAAAUUCCAGUGGAAAUACGACAGCAGGAGCAAUAACAAUACAAACGACGACUGGAAGACGACCCAGUAGCACUGGCAAUUGACAAACAAUGGCGGAGACUCCUGGUGUUAUUGACGUCGAUCCAAAUCGUGCUCUCAGAAUCGAGAGACGAAUUUCUCGUCCUGUCCGUAAACCGGAUAUCGUUUUUAAAAAACCAAUUAAACAAUAACAAUAAUUUGUUUUUGUUUAUUUAAGACUUGGUUUUAUGGAGACUCCGCCCAAUUCAGUACCUAAUUUAGUUGUUAUUAUUAUUAAUAUUAAUGUGUUUAAUGAAUGUCAUGAGUGCCUUGAAUAUUGAACGAUUCUCUGACAAUAAAGAUAAAUAAAUAAUUGAAUAUAUAUUUAUAUAUUUUUUGUCUAUAUUGUAUGAUUAUUAAUUUUAUAAGUGAUUAAUACUGGUAAUUAUUAAAUAAAUGUCAAUACCAAUUAUCAUUAAAUCGUACGAGUUAAUUUGUUUAAAAUUUAUUUUUUGCCGUAAGGGAGAAAUGUCAUGAUUCCUCAUAUUGAGACUAUAAAUGAAAAUUAAAUUAUGUUAUAAAUAAUAACUGCGAAUAAACGUGAUUGUUAUAAAAAUUGGGAUUAAUUAAUUUUUAAAUUGAAAAAAAUAUCUUUAAAUUUAUAUGAGAAUGUUAAAUUAUUAUUAAAUUUUUAAUAGAAAAAGUAACUUGUUAAAUUAUGCUUUACAUAUAUAUGAGUACAUGGGUAAAAGUUAUCAAAUAAAGUCACAUUUGUCCAGGUAUUUUCAGAUAUGAGAUUCACAUAUGAUCAUGAAUGAAUUUAUACCUAUAAAGGUAUGACCAUAUAUGAUUACAUCUCCCGGGAAAAACGGAUUAGAUCUGACCAGAUAUAAUUAUAUCUGGUCAGAUCUAAUUAUAUCUGAUCAGAUCUAUUUAUAUCUGGUUAGAUAUGGGAUUUGAGAUAUAAUCAGAUCUAGUCAUAUCUGAUCAGAUCUAAACAGAUAUAACUAUAUCUGGGUUGAAAAAUUCAUCAGACAUGAACAGAUCUAGUCAUAUCUGAUCAGAUCUACACAGAUAUAACUAUAUCUGAGUUGAAAAAUAGCUCAGACAUGAUCAGAUCUAGUCAUAUCUGAUCAGAUCUAAACAGAUAUAACUAUAUCUGAGUUAAAAAAUUCAUCAGACAUGAUCAGAUCUAGUCAUAUCUGAUCAGAUCUAAACAGUUAUAACUAUAUCUGGAUUGCAAAAUACAUUAGUCAUGAAAAGGUCUUAUCAUAUCUGGCCAGAUCUAAACAGAUAUAACUAUAUCUGAAUUGCAAAAUGCAUUAGACAUGAAAAGGUCUUAUCAUAUCUGGCCAGAUAUAACUAUAUCGAAGUUGUCAACAGCAUCAGAUUCGAUCAGAUCCGAUUACGUAGUUACCCGGGGAAAAUGAUUUUGAUCUGACCAGAUAAAAUUAUAUCUGAUCAGAUAAAAUUAUAUCUUUGCAGAUCAUUUAUAUCUGAUCAGAACUAAUAAUUACACAUGAUCAGAUCUUAUUAUAUCUGGCCAACCACCGUUUAUAUCCGGUCAGAUCUAAUGAGAUAUAAUUAGAUCUAGGCUAGAUAGACUGUCAGACAUGAUUAUAUCUAGUCAGAUCGGCGUAUAUGUCGUAAGAUCUGACCAGAUAUAACUAUAUCUGAACUAAAUACAACAAUUAACAUAAUCAGAUCUUGUUAUAUCUGCUCAGAUAUAAUCAUGAAAAUUGUUCAUAUCUGAUUAUUUACAUUCACGCGAUCACAUACGUGGAGCAGCGCAGUGGAUAGCGUCAAAGACUUUGGAUCUGAAGGAUGCAGGUUCGAGCCCAGCAGUCAUCGGGAUUUUUUCAUCAAUCAAAUUCAUGUAUAACUCUUCUAAGUAACGUUUCUAAUACGUUAGAUUACAUUUCGGAUCGAAUGAAAACUAUAUUAUUUUUUUUUGCAAUUUAUUUUGUUUUUUUAAUAGGGAUCCCGGGAAAAAAGGUUUAGAUCUGGCCACAUAUAAUUAUAUCUGAUCAGAUCUGUCCAGAUCUCGUCAGAUAGAGACAAUUUAAAGAUCUGGCCAGAUCUGAAAAAUCAGAUCUGAUCAGAUAUAAUUAUACAUGGUCAGAUCUAAAUCGUUUUCCCCGGGCUGAUAUCAUGUAUGAUUGUUAAUGGUCAUGUUUGAUAUCAUAUAUGAAGCUUUAUUAGCAUAUAAAUAACCAUAUGUGAUCAUGAUAAGCCCGAGAAAAAAAAAAUUGGAUUCAACUAGAUCGAAUCAGAUCUCCAAAGAUUGAAUUUUUCCGUAAUUCAGAUCUACUUUGAUCAGAGUAGAUCUAUUUAAAUUCAUUCAUAUUCUUCAAAAUCUCUUAGGAUCUACAAUUUAAAAAAAUAAUGUUUUAUAAAGUUUUGAAAUCUCCGUAAAAAUCGGAAUUUUGAUUUUUUUUUGUUUAGUAAUUUUCCGUUUUUUGUCCCUCUCUUCGUAAAUCUAGAAAAAAAGGAUAAAUCAGAUCUCCAAAGAACUUAACUGUAUGUAAGUUUCAAAUCGCCGAAGAUCUAAAUUAUUUUUCCAUGGAAGUAUCACAAUUUUUAUACAAUAGUUGAUAUUGUAAUGUAAGCUAAAUAUGUGUAUGAUCAUCUACAGCAUUGUUUGUACAUAUACGGUCAGAUCUAUUUUUCGUACAUUAUCAGGCCUGAAAAUUUACCCAUGAUCAUACGUAAUCAUAUCUGAAAAUUUUUUGUCGAGAAUUCGACUUGGGAUUUAUUAAGUAGAAAUGAAAUCUAAUUAAUAAUAAAAUGCAUCAAGUUUUGAAAAUCAACUAGUAAAAUAAUUCUAAAAAAUAAUAAAUCUCAUGUUAUCUGAAAUUCAAAAAGAAUUCUCUCUCAGUUUCUAAAAAAAUUUUUUGCAUGCCAUUCAAAUUGUUAUUAUAAUAUCCAUAUAUCUGUCUCAAGUUAACACAAAACGAAGCUUAUAAAAGUAAUCAACGUUGAACAUGAAAAAAAUGACAAAUCUCCUACUGUAACUCCAAUAUAAAUAAAACAAUAAUUUAUUAAGUGCGAUUAAUUAAUAAACGGUUAAUAAAACGUCCUAUGAGAAUAACGUGCAAUAAUAAUUUCUUUUUUUUUUAUUCUUAUUAUUAUGACAUAAAUGAAAUUAGUGUUAAGAAAUACGUAUUUGCUCAAAUCGUUAUUUCUUUUUAUAUAUUUUAAUAAAGGUUUUUAUAUUAUUAAAUAAUUAUUAUAAUAUUUACAUGCAUAAAUAUAUAUUGCUAUUAUUAUU